AUACUUGACUCAAACUUGACUCAAAGAGGUGUGGCUGGAUGUGUCGUUACACUUUUACAUCGUUGCAGCAAGAUGACAAGUUAAACCACCGUCAGGGAGUAUUAAGUUAUAUGUAUUUUCAUUUUUGUUAUUAGCAGUUGUUUGUCUGUGAGGUAAAAUGUAAUUUUAUUUAAAUUUUGGAAUUGGGCAGAAUAUUAUUUUAAGGUAAACUAGCUGAGCACUCGGCAUGUCUCCUGUUUUCUUCACAGUGAAUUGAGAAAGGAGAAUGUACAACCAGAUCUGUUGAUUUUCAUCCUGUACUUGCACUAUAAGUUCCCAAUGACACAGGUUAGCACACUGAAUUAAGGCCAUUGUAAAGUGUUGUUAAUGUGAACCUUAUUUACAUUGGUCUAUGACAAUAGACGUGCAGUACAGCAGGAGCAUUACGAAGGAUCGCUCCAUUUGUUGCAGGUUAUUUCCUCCUCUUGUCCUCGUGCUGAGAGGUUAAAUCCUUUCAUAUACAGUACGUACACUAUGUUUACUGUUCACUUCGUUAUGAAUGUGGUGAACUGGGACGCCCCUAACAAUUUCACAGUGUCAAUUGAGGUUAAUUGAAGCUUGAUGUGUUGUUUCCGUUCACGCUGCUAGAUGGCAGCAUGACCCCAGAAAACAGAAACAAGUUCAACAGCAUUUUUAAACUGUCACGGUGAAGCACAGCAACGGAAACAGACAGUGUAAACCUCGUUAAUGAUUUAAAACGGGCUCUCUUCCAUUUGUACAUGUAUCUCAGUUUUUAAUGCUGUUCUUCACAUGAUGUUGGUCUAAUAAUAGCUCUGUUUGAGUGUGUGACAGUGAUUCAAAAGACAAGAAGUGACUGCUGCUCUCAGCUCCUGUAGGUGUAGCUGGGUGGAGCAGGGCUUGUCCUCAACACAAUUGUAAUGAGUGUGUUUAACACAUUCCUGCCAGUUUGGAAUGUGGGAAAAGUAAAAAAGGCACUACCUAGAUAAAACAAAACUUCCAGUAAAGCCAGUCUAACAAGAUCUCCACGUCACAGAACUAAUCACAUAUAGAACAAGUGAGUGUUUCUAACCGCUGCUGUUUGAACCAGCAUGUCUGUCUGUGUGUUGCUCCAAUGCCUCAGAUGACAGUCGCCUACCCCAAAGGGAAAGGGGUCACAGGACGGGGGAAGAGGGAGGAUGGGGAGUGUAAAUGGAUGGAGGAGGUAAAGGAGGACGGCGAGGGAGACCCUGCUGAUAGGCAGAGCAGACCAAAUCAAACACCAGCUGUUCUUCAGCUACUGCAAACAUCUUGGUCACAGACUCUGAGGACAGUUCGACCCUGGAAGGGCUGGUACAGUUUCGCUUUAGUAGGUGUAGUGUGGUCGGUGUGCCAGGUGGAGGAGCCGCAGCACCCCUCUCUGUUUCUCACAGGUGUGUGCUGGAGGCUCCUGUUGGUGUGUUCGCUGUGGAUAGUCCUGGGAGGCUGUGCCCAUGCCCUGAGGUGCUGCCUGAGGCCAGGACAGAACCAGGGGGAACCGUCGCUGAGGGUGCAGCAGGAGGUUAUGGCUGAAAACAGGGAUGGGCAGUGUUCAUGUACGUCCCAGUCGAGGAGGCCGGGCCGUGACGAUCCUCUGGCCCUUGCCCUGGUCGACAGCCUGCAGCUGUGUGUGCUUCAGGAGCCCCUGUCAGACCCCAGUGUGCCCCACAUGAAGACUCUCCUCUUCAGGCUGGAGUCAGUGUUUCACACACUUGAAAAGGCUCCUGUCGGGUCUGAGGCGACACCGGAGGGGGUGGACAGGGACCCUGCACUGACAGACAAACUGAAGCUCAUCCUCGACUACCUGCAGCAGAGGGUGAGGUCACUGUGCAGACUCGUCCAGGUGCAGGGGGAUUUUGAAACCAGUGUGAAGGACAUGCUGGAGGGCCUAGAUGGCCUCUGGGCUCAGCUGGAGGAGCUGCACACUGGGGUCACGCUCACCAAAGAGGGGAGCCGAGGCCACGGGGACCUGGCCUCAGCACAUACAGACACAGAGUCUCUGUUUGCAGUCUUGGAUCACUACAGGAACAGACUUCAGAGCUGCCAGACUCAUCUGAAGGACAGCACACAGCUACUGCAGGAGUUAACCUGGAGACACGCUCAUAUGUGCAACAGUGUGAGCUGCAGCAGCGAGUCGGUCUGGCCAGAGCUGUUGCUCCAGUCCAACAUUGAGCAGUUUGACAAGGCGCAGGAGAGUUUCCUCUCCCUGGAACAACAGACCUCAACCUUCCAGGCCCACCUUGAGGGACUGGGGAAGGAGAAUCAGGAAGGACUUGCAGGACCCCUCGCUGGGGCCAAUUCAUGCCCAGUCUCUCCUGAGAAUUCACCACAUCUCCACAGUCAACGUACAAGCGAUUUGUCACUGGAGCGCCGUAACUCGACCUCUGCAUCCACAUCCUCGACAGACGCAGACCCAGAAACAGAAACAGACAAUCCUCUCACACUGUGCGAGAGGUCGGCUCUGCAGUUCUCCACCACUAUGGGACGCUUGCGUAAAUCAGGAAGGAAGAAGUGACUUUUAUUGGACGGUGGAGAUUUUGUAAAUAUAAAGAUGUCAGAGCGAGAGAGCCUAUUGGCAAAUGUUGAUCAUUUGCUGGCUGCCUUUCAUUUCAAAGACUGUGGUGGUUUGAAACAAACGCCCUGUGUUCUUCAAACACAAGGGGGCACACUUUCACCAGUUAUUACAAAGACACCUCACAGCCCCCAUUCAACUGUAUUAUUCUAUCAAAUCUUUUAUAUACUGUAUAGCUGCCUCAGAUCUGUGUCUGCAGUGAUGGACCGUGGCCCUGACCUCCACAUGUGGCUCAUAAAUGAUUCAAAUUCGAAAUAGAAGAAGAAUCUCAUAAUGUGUCGGAUGAAUGAAAUUUAAGCACACAUUCCAGGUGUUUUGAAUUUUAGAGUAACUCACUUUGAUUUUCUAACUAAUUUCAUCAACCGUCCUAUUUGUACUCAGAGGGAAUAAUGUAAUAUUAUUUCAUUUGUGUGCUUCUUGCUUUGAAGCCUUAUCCAAUGUCUGUUAAAACUCUUUUAACCAAUGUUGUUAAAGUCCCAAAAAAACAUGCUUUUACAUUUAUCUUUGAUGUUUAUUCUAAUGUACAGGGGGAAUAGGUUACAGGCUAAGAAAUUCCAGGCUUUUCCAGAA